AUGAAGCGUAUGCCACUUGAGGACGAUGUCUUGACCUGCGUGAGCACUGAUUCGGUUAAUGAGCGUGCGGGUCCUGAUUACUUUGCCACAAUCUUGCACGGUACUGGAAUGGAAGAGGGUCCCUUCUCCGUCCGCGAAGUCACGAUCAAGUGGAAAGAUCCAGAUCGAGGCGAAGAGGAUCGGAGCACUCCAGCAAUCAAAUCCCGAAGAUUGGGUCCGAUGAGCGUGAUAGCUGUGCUCAGCUCUCUAGUAUCAGUGAGCCUACUGAUAUGGGCAGCCUUGAUACGCGACGGAGUCGCAGUCAUCGGCAUUAUAGCCAUGUCCUUCACUGCACCUCUUCUUUGUGCCGGCUCAAGAUACCAGCUCCAGUUUCCCCGUUGGUCUCCUGGAAAUGAGGCUGCGCCUGGGGACGUCGUAUUCAGAACUCGCGAUGGGGCAUUUACGGUUGUCCAUUGCGAUGUGGAUAUAGCUCGGCUUCUCUACUUCGCGCCUGAGGCACCAGAGUAUUCCAUGAACCUCUACACCAAUAGGCUAAGCGGUGGGGUAGUUGGAGGCUUGAUGCUCAUCGUUAGCAUAACCCUGUUUGGCAACUGUUCCUGGACCAUGCAGGCUGCACUCGCGGUGACCUAUGCCUUACUAAAUGUCGCUUAUUGGGUCUCAGCAAUCCUCCUAGAGCGACAUUCGUGGCGUUUCGACAAGCUGACGAUCACCAAAGAACAAGUGAUCAAGACAGAUAAAUCCACAGCAGCGCUGUGGUUCGCCAUACAUAAGUCGAGAAGUACCAACUGGGUGAAGGCAGGCCGUGCGAAUCCUGAUACGAGUGCCUGGAACCAAUGGCUGAAAGAUGCAGAGCAGCACACUUAUCAGCCGGCUGAAAUGUGGGAUCCGGCACGCGCAUUGCGGGACUUGUAUAGGAGCGAGCUGUCAAUGGUAUUCUAG